AUGGCCUUCUUACGCAGUGCCUGCAUGCUUGCCGCCACCAUCUUAGCUAUCCCUCUUGCCUCUGCUUCUGGGAUGACGGUCAACCUUACCACGCCGACCGUGUGGACGCGCGGCACGAACGUCAACGAGACCUGGUCGUCGGGUGUCGGGCCCUAUAAUUCCGGAUUGUUUAACCUGCUCCUCGUCAAUACCAAUGAUACGGGAGUGACCCAGUAUACGCUCGCUACGAAUGUCCCCGCCUACUACGAUAUAACAUAUUUCACAGUGCCGACAGAUGUGCCCGUCUCGUCCAAUUACACGUUGCAAGCGGUGAACCUCACGAAUUAUGACCGCCUUUUCCCGCCAGGCAACUGUCUGCUUAGGAUGUCAGAAUGGAUGAAUAUAAAAGCAGAGCAUGAAAGAUGCUUGGGGCUCACGAAGCAUUGUCUGCACCUCCCGUCAUGGCCAUUCGAAGCCAGCCACUCUGUGUGCGGGCUUGGGUUACAGACACCCGCUGUAAUCUAUCCCGGCGCGGUCGUUGACGAGAGUUGGGUGUCUGAGCCUUCCGAUCUUGCGACCUUCACUCUCCUCGUCUUUAACUCGGACCUGGACAUUGCAUUAGCGCUCGUCGCAUUGGUCAAUACCUCUGAGGGGCAUGUUCACUUCACCACCCCUGAUCUGCCACUUAACUACUUUCUAGGAGCGGUGAAUGCCACUGCCAACGACGAGAUAUACGCAACAACUACGCUUUUCUUCAUUGCGUGA